GAGCUAUAGUUCGCAGCUAAUCUUCUUCGCAAUACAUCUCAACUAGUUGCAGUCACUGCUUGAGUUUCGAACGAUCAACUUCACUUUUCAGGCUCAAAAUGAUACCGUUUGUUGCAUUGUUGGCUGUUUUAGCUGUUGGAGCAUCUGGUGAACUAUCAGAGUUCACCGCUUCCUCGACGGAUUUCACGUUCCGGUUUCUUAAGGGUGCUUACACCCCAACCGAGAAUGCCAUCCUGUCUCCUGUGUCGAUCCAAUCUUCGCUGGCCAUGUUCUACCCGUUGGCCGGUCCAGAGGUAUCACCGGACAUGCAGCGUCAUCUGAACCUGCCGGCUGAUAAGACGAUCGCGACUGAUAAUUUGCGAAGGUUUUUCGCUUCAAUCAGCAAACAACAGGCGCGGCCCGAUGCGCUAAAGGUGCUGUCCAAGGUUUACCACGUAGACGCGGAGCUGAACCCCGAGGUUCUGCCCUUGUUCCAAGGUCAGUUCGGAGCCGAGGUGGAAACGGCCAACUUUCAGGACCAGGAAACGGUGGUGCGAUCGGUGAACGAGUGGGUUGAUCGGUCAACGGGUGGGCUGAUUCCGAACUACAUGGAACCUGGGGAACUCCGCGUGGACACCGAUCUUAUGCUGUUGAACGUGGUUGCGUUGAACGCUUCCUGGCAGGAUCCGUUUGAUCCGGAAGAGACGGAGGAGUCGGACUUUCAGUUUUUGAACGGUGCGCGGAAGGUUCAGAUGAUGCACGUGGCCGGAGAGUUUCAGUUCGGAGUUGUGAACGAGCACAACUGUUACGCCGUUGAGUUGAACUACGAGGAGGAUACCGAUCUGUCUAUGGUGUUGAUCCUUCCGAAGAAAAAGCACACUCUGCAAGAUAUCAUUCAGGGGUUGAGUGUUGACUUGUACCGGGCACUUGACGAGAGUCUCCACAAGGUUCGAGUGGCGGUUGCUAUUCCGAAGUUUACCAUGCGCAAGAAGUUGGACGCUAAGGAACUGCUGAUGAACAUGGGAUUGAAGUCGAUUUUUGAAAAUUUGGACUUUGACCUUUUGACCAAGGAUAAGUCGAAGAUCGGAGAAGUUCGUCAGACUGGGUUCAUCCGAGUAGAUGAGAGGGGAACCGAAGCGGCCGCAGCUACUGAUGUCCAAGCGGUGGGCCGUUCCAGCAUUCCCACCUUUUACGCAAACCGUCCCUUCCUGUACCUGAUCCGGAAGCGCUCGACCAAGGAUAUCAUCUUCAUCGGACACUAUUCCGUGUACGAGGAGCAGCAGUAACUGACCGUUAAGCAGUAAUGCAAUAGUUCAGGUGUAGCAAAACAGUAACUAGUCCAACAUAUGGUUUUUCGGUUCAGCGUUGAAAUAAACCUAACUUUUAGGGUCUCA